AACCCCAUUUUUCUCUGGUCAAAAUCUGUACUUAUUUUUUCUAUUUUCCAUGAAGACUAGAGUCACUAUGCAAACCUCUGUUCUAUAUCAUCAUCUCCAUUCUCUAUCCCCUAAAUUUCUAAGAUCUAUACCCCAUUUUUGCCCAAAACCACACCCACAAACACCUACCAUUAAUUCCCCAAAAAACCAACUCACUGAGUUGGCUUUUUGUGUUCAUAAUCCAAGAACCCAAGUUCUUGAAAACCAUUUUAAAUUUUCCAUACCCAAAAAAACUGACCAAUUUUCCUUCAUACCCAUCUCCAAGAUUCACUAUGAAUCCAUUUCUAAACACAAAAAUGGUGAAGAAAAUGAUGAUGAUGAUGUAUGGAUGAUGAUGAAAGAUGAAGCAAGAUCUGAUGUUGAUCAAGAACCCAUCUUAUCAGACUACUAUUUCACCUCAAUCCUAUCUCAUCAUACCAUGGAGAGUGCUCUAUCUAAUCAUCUCUCCAUAAAGCUCAGUAGUUCAAGUCUCCCAAGUGGGACCCUACAUGAUCUUUUCAUGGGUGUGCUCACAGAGGAUCAAGAAAUUGUUAAAGCUGUUAAAGCUGAUCUAAGGGCUGUAAAAGAAAGAGACCCAGCUUGUUUUAGUUAUGUCCAUUGUUUCCUUCACUUUAAAGGGUUUCUUGCUUGCCAAGCUCAUAGGGUGGCACAUAAGCUAUGGUUACAAAAUAGAAAAAUCUUGGCACUUUUGAUUCAGAAUAGGGUUUCUGAGGUUUUGGCUUUAGAUAUUCAUCCGGGGGCGAAGAUCGGGCGUGGCAUAUUGCUUGAUCAUGCGACCGGAGUUGUGGUUGGAGAGACGGCGGUGAUUGGAGACAAUGUGUCAAUUUUGCAUAAUGUGACAUUGGGUGGCACCGGAAAGAUUGGUGGCGACCGGCAUCCGAAGAUUGGAGAUGGGGUUUUGAUAGGGGCGGGGACUUGUGUUCUGGGAAAUGUUACAAUUGGAGAGGGGGCGAAAAUUGGGGCGGGGUCGGUGGUAUUGAAGGAUCUUCCUGCUAGAACUACUGCUGUUGGGAACCCUGCUAAGUUGAUUGGGGGCAAAGAGAAUCCAGUUAAGCUGGACAAGAUUCCUAGCCAUACUAUGGAUCAUACCUCACAUAUUGAGUUUUAUGAUUAUGUUGUUUAGAGCUAUUUAUGAUCAUAGCUUAUUGUUAGGUUGGUCGGAUUGGAUCCACGGAUCUUUGUUACCACCGUUGAUUUGUAUGUAUCAAGUGUAAAAUUAUCUUUAAUAAGUUCUCUAAAUUCUAUAGU